UCACCGCCCUGGGCAUCACCGUCCACUCCAUGGGCCUCAUGCUCCUGGGCCGCCUCAUCUUCGGCCUGGGAGGAGAGUGCCUGGUCGUGGGGCAGUCGGCCUUCAUCUCCGCCUGGUUCCACAGCCGGGAGGUUGCCUUCGCCCUGGGCUUCACCCUCUCCGUGUCCCGCUUUGGGAGCGUCUUGAACGACUGGGGCAGCCCCUUUAUCGCUGAAAAGGCGAACGUGGUGACUGCGUUCUGGUUCGGCGCUCUCCUUUGCCUCGCCUCCACUAUCACCGCCUUCCUCCUCGCCUGCAUCGACCAUAACCAUCGGUCUCGGCACCACGGCCGCCCCGACCCCGCCGUCCUUCCCC